AUGUUUACUACAAAUUUGAAGUUACAGGAGAGCGUUGGGGCCUACGUUACCGUGUUGGGCGAUAUACGAACUCGAGGGAAACUUAAACGCGCAAGGCAAUGGUUAUCCGAGUGCGUCACUGAGCACACCUGUCCUAGGCCCAUUACUGCAGCGGUGCCGCUACCACAAAGGCUGGUUCAAGUUGAGGGCGGUCCCGAAGAUCCUGUCAGGUUGAUAGAGACCCGAGGAGAUGAGUACCCUUACGUCUGCCUGAGCCAUCGCUGGGGGGAUCCUACGCACAAACAGCUCAAGACCACUACGCGGACAGUCGAAAGCCACUUGAACAAGAUCGAGUGGGUAGAUCUACCCGCCACAUUUCGGGAUGCUGUAACGGUUUGCCGGUCAAUGGAUGUCAAAUAUCUUUGGAUCGAUAGCUUGUGUAUUCUACAGAGCUUUGCGGAGAUAACAUCCGAUGAACUCGAAGUCACUAGGCAGGACUUUGCUAAAGAGAACUCUACAAUGGCGAGGACGUAUCAAAACUCCCACUUUACCAUCUCCGCCGACCUUUCGGACCACAUGGACAGCGGCUUCUUUUCCAGAGACCCCGUGGAUGAGUACAACAAGGACAUCAUCACCGAUGACGGGAGUGUAGCAUCUGUAUACAUCAGGAAACCCCUUAAACACUACUCAGAGGAGAUCCCAUGUCUAGAGACACGUGGCUGGACUCUCCAGGAAUCCCUUCUUCCGCCUCGUGUGCUCCACUUUGGCGAGUUCGAUAUAGCCUGGAGAUGCAAGACGCGAAUUAAUUGCGAAUGCGGGCAUCUAGACCGAUCUGAGGCGCUUAAGAACUCCUGGCAUCGGUUUCAUGAUAUGGAAGAACUUGCUAGACCUCCUCCGAAUGACUCAGAAGGCUCUCGCGAGUGGUGGGAGCGGUUAGUUGACGUGUAUUCAAGACGGCAUCUGACCAAUCCCGCCGACAAGCUUCCGGCAUUAUCAGGUCUAGCUCAGGAGCGAAAAAAAGUCAGGGGCGGUGUUUAUCUCGCAGGUCUAUGGCUGGACUCACUUAUGUAUGACCUCUGCUGGUACCGUGUCAAAAACGACGAGGUGACUCCGGGGGAUCUAGGCCACAGACCUCCGUGUUACCGUGCGCCUUCAUGGUCUUGGGCCGCUGUCGAUAACCACUCAGGCUGUAGCUGGUAUAUGCUCGGGAUGGUCUUCCCCUAUUCGAUGCCAAAACAAGCAUGCGUUAUCCUGGAUGUAAGCUGUGAGCCUGCAACGACUGAUCCUACGGGCGAGGUCCGAAGUGGAUUUCUGGAUGUAAAGACAUCGUUGGCAACAGCCGAGAUCUACCAGUAUCCUGGAGAACAAGUCUUUUGGGGGAUCCGCAAACUUGACCGCCCGCUCAGGCUGAAUGCAUUCAUGCCUGAUUGCGUACUUGAGGACGACGAUCUGAACUUGGGAGACCAAGUCUUUUGUGCUCCAAUCGUUGGUGUCAAAAGCCCUUCUGACGUGACUUACGAUUGUCUGGUCUUGAAACAGAUUGACGGCCGCAUCUAUCAACGAGUUGCAUUCUGCACUAUCGUUAUAAAACGAACAGACCUUCAAUCUCAUGAUGAAGAUAAUACAGAAUCAGACCCGAAAGCCUUCACGUGGCCGGGCAGUGUACAAGUGCAGAUCAGGAUUGUAUAA